GAGGAAGGAAAUUAGAUUUUGAUUCAGUUGUUACUUUUCAGUUUGUGAGCCUUUUGUUACAGUUUCCAAACUCUUCUCGUGGCAGCAGAGGAGCCGCUGAAAUAAAGAUGUUUAUCACAUGUUGUAUUGUGUCGAAAACCAGCGCGAGUCCUUCUCUCUCUGUCGCUCAUCAGACACUUUCUUCUGCUUUUGCAGCGCGUGCCCGGACGUCAAGUCUCACGCGCUCAUUCAGAGCGAGUCACGGUGACACAGCUCCAUCAGACUCAUGAAGACCAUCAAAAACUGUCACGCGUGAAUAUUUCAUAUGAAUUGUCGAAAUAAUAUGGAUAUAUUACGGACAAUUACGUAACAUUAUAGUCUACUUGAUUUUUAGAGGCUACUUUCACUUUUCAGGCGGUUAUAGCCUUCUGAGCAAAACAAAUCAAAUGUUCAAAAUGGCUUAAUAUAAACUUUAAAAAAUGAAUUAUUAUGUUUGUGUUCGUUUUUCUCAAAAACAAUUGAGUGCAGGUCAGUUUUGUUUCUGUAUGUUUGUGUAACAAUUUUGAAAGAGUAACUAAAAAAAUGGCAGGUGAUCACAAAAGCAAAGAUGUACUUUUUGGGAUGAGUAUUGUUGGCAAUAACUCCGCAUUAAAAAUUAAUGACAACAAAAUAAAUGUUCCUUAGAAUUAAAAUCUUAUUAUAGGGGAAAGAGCGCGUGCGCAGGCAGCAUCUCAUCCCUCAUGUGUUUCCUGCGUCCAGAUCAGUAAUGAGGGACGAGAUGCGUCCUAUUAGGCAACAUCACAUGUUUGUGCUCUCAUCAGCCCCCAGAUUAAAUUAUUGAACCUCAGGACAGUUAGGGAGAGGAGCUGUGAGAGCAGGAGCAGCAGGGAGAGGGGACACUGUCCGUGAAACGACUAAAUACUUCUAGGGGGACAAAGUUUUUGAUUUUUUUUUUUACAAUAUUUUUUACUUUUUUGUUGUUAUUGGAGGGUGAAAUGGGGGCCCUGCGUUUUGUUUUUCUCCUGAUUUUGUCCCUCGGUGUUUUUCAAGCCAAUGGACUUAAAAGUAAGUGCUGCUUUAAACUCUACUUAAAUUUAAUGAUUUGUUUUGAACAGAUGGAGAAACUUUAACUGCAGAUCUAUCAUUUGUUAACUUGUUUUAGUUUUACACUUAGAUUUUAACAUUCAUCUAAAAGAAACAAACAAUUUUGUAGAAUUAGUUUUCUGUUUAAAAUUUUUCAAAAUUCUUGUUCAGAAGUUUAAAAUAAACUUUUGAUAUUUUUCGCACGGUUAGUGUGCCACCAGCUCACCAGCUCUCUGUUCUCAGAGUCCCAUGAGCUCAAUUAAAGCGAGUGUCAUGACCAACAGUAUGUAGAAAAUAAUACACCCGAAAGAAAGUUUCACUCAGAAACGGGCAAAAAGUAAGAAAAAUGUGAUUACUUAAAAACAGAAUACUUCUUUGGUACACAAUAAAGUCUAUUAGUGCAUAUAUGACUCAAAAUUAGACCAUAGACACUUCAAAAACAUACUUUGAGUGACUCACACUUUAUCAUAAUGAAGGCAAUGAAAUGAUGGACAUGCUAUAUUUACAUUUAAGGCUGUCUGCAAAUGUUUCCUCAGAGUCUGUUUCUCCCAAUCUGGUAUUAUAACAUAAUUUGUUUAGAAUUGGAGGAAAUCAAUUCUUGAGAUUUAGAAUUUAAAACUCGGCCAUGAAAAGAGACUGUAACCAAGUAUUGUGUACCUCACAGACGGAAAGAUUUUUAUAUGUUGAUCUAAAUAAAAAGAGGAGGAGUCAUUCUCAGGGUUGUCAUAUGUAUAAAAUGAACAGAUACUUUACCUUAAUGAAGUUUUCAAUGUGGUCCCCUAUGAUUCCCAGGCCACACUAAAGGGGACUUUCAGUCUUUCAAUGUGAUUUUGUCUCCUCUUUUCAGCUUAUGGGGAUGUUUUCCCCCACAAGCAUGGAAUAGCAGGAAAGUUUCCAUUUCCAAUUCCACCAAUACCUGGCUGGGAUCCUGACACCAACCCAUGGGACGAGUACCUCUACCCCCCACUCAGCCCAGAGCCAAACGAGCUCAUGCACCACAAAGGUAACAAAAGUCAGCUAAGUCAUUUCAAGUGUUUUCAGUUAUAAGAAUUUUACUCAGGAGGUAUGUUUUCCUGCAGGUAAACCAAAAGUUCGUCUGACCAGCGAUGGCCCGGCUCUCAACGGUUCAUGCAUCACCUUCACUGCAAAGCUGGAGUACCCUCCAUGCCAAAAAGAGGACACCAACGGAGACCUUAUUUGGGAUGAGCACUGCGAGGACGGUACGGAGGUGGAGGCCUCAGGUGCUGCCAAAAAGCCCGGCCAGGCCCAGCCCUACACCUUCAAACUAUGACACUGGUCCACAGCCAUGCACCACAUCAGCCGUGCAACAACAUACCUUUAAAAAAAUGAUCAAAACUAAUUUUAAAUCCAAAAGUAUUGAUGUUUUGACCAUUUGGGGCAGCAUAGCCCCCAUUUACACAGCACCGACAUAUUAUCACCUCGCAGAAAAUAUCAUUCACUCUUUGCGACAUCAUUAAAGCUCCUGAGAGGAACUUUUGGCUUGUGUCAACUUUGGCGCCCCCUGUGGUCAAAAUUGUUGUCAAUCCUUCUUUUCUAAAUCUUAAAUCAAACAAUCUUGUGCUUCAUUUCUUCUCUGUACAGCUAAUGGACUGGUGCGCUCUGGCUAUGUGUACAACUGGACCUCCUGGAUCGAUGACUAUGGCUAUGGAGUGUGUACCGACCUGCUGAAAUGCAACAUUUUCCCCGAUGGGAAGCCCUUCCCACAGAGCAACGACUGGAGGCGCAAAAGCUAUGUCUAUGUGUGGCACGCAAUGGGUAAAAAAAGAAUGAAAGGAUAUAUGGAAAUAAAUUAGUUUGAGAAAAGACUAAUUGUAGUAAAAGAAAUAUUAAAGUUUAUUUGAUGUGUGUUUGAAAGGGAUCUUUUCUGUUUGCAGGCCAGUACUAUGAGACCUGUGACGGCUCCUCCUCAAGCGUAACCAUCAACACCACCGACAUCCCUCUGGGGGCAGAGGUCAUGGAGGUCAUGGUGUACAGGAAACGUGAGCGCAGAAAGUACAGCCCCCUCACCACGGACAACGCUGUCUUCUACGUCACAGGUGGAGACAAACAGACACUCUCAGCUUGUACAGUUUUAUCUGUCAACAUGUAUCAGCCUGAGUGACAGAUACAAACACCGGAGAAACCUUGAGGAUGAAUUAUUUAUGACUUCUCCUCACUCUCUCUCUCUCUCUCUCUCACUCCUUCAGAUAAGAUCCCAGUGGCGGUCAAUAUCUCUCAAAAGGCUGCGGUCAACCAGUCGGACAAUGUUUUCUUUCGUGGUGAAGAAGUGCUCUUCAAAGUCCAGCUUCAUGAUCCCAGUGGGUACCUCAAAACCGCUGCUUCUGUUGACUACAUCUGGGACUUCAGGGACGGCAACCAGGUGGUGACACACCGCGAACUGACCACACACACCUACAGCAGGCUGGGGUUGAUGAGUGUGAAGCUGGUGGUGGAGGCGGCGUUUCCUAUGGAGUGUCCACCAACUGCUGCCACCCCGACCCCCAAGAGCUCCACAUCCCCACCUCCCACAGGUACUGGAUACAUAGAUGCUGGUUUUAAGAACGACAAUAAUAGUUUUAUUCAUGUAACAAAAAAAAACCUACAAACGAUUAAUUGCAAUAGAUACCAAACAAGUAAGAUCCAAAUACUUAAAUAAUUAAAUAGCAUAUCGUAAAAGACACAGGUGAAUUAAUUAAGGUAAAUUAAUUUUAUUUAAACAGGAUAUAAUCUUAGACACAUCAGCUGCUCUAAGGGGCAUAGAGCUGAGUGUCAUCUGCAUAGCAGUGAAAGUCGAUACAACAUCUAUACCAGACUUGCUCAAGGGGAAGUAUGUACACAGUGAAUGUGAAAGGACCCAGGAUAGGCCCUUGGGGAAUCCCACCUGAGACACGAGCACAGGAAGAGGAGGCCUUUCCAAACACUACAGAAAAAGACCCGUUUGACAGAAAGGAAAUAAACCAGUCCAGUACCCUUUCAGUAGUCCUAAUAGAGUAUUUCACUCUGCUGAUUUAGGAAAUUGUGAGUGGCUGAAGCUGAGCUGCGGUCAAGGAGAGUUAAUUUAGAGUACAAGUAAGAAUGUGCUGCAAGCAAUAAGUCACAAGAGACCUUGACCAAAACAGUAUGAGUGCAGUUUUAGGCCAAAAAACUGGCCGAACAUUUUUGAAGAUCUCAUUGCUGUUCAUAAAAGACAUCAGCUGUUUGGGCACAACUACACUGCUGCUCACAGAUGGGUCUGUAAUUGCUUAAAACAGAUGAAACACGGGAUCCCUUGGCAAAACUGUCUAAUAUCACAAUAAGGUUUAGUUUUUAAAUAAUGACUGUGCAUUUAAAAUGGUUGUAGCCUUUGGUUCAAAGAGUAAAGUCAGAGAAUAAGUGCCUUGACCUGCACUCUUCCUGAUGGCCAGCAGGGAAAGAUCCCAUUAGUUGCAAAAUGUGCAGGAUUGUGUGGUCACAGGUGAGCAUAUUACCCCAUUUCCAGUUGAUUUUUAAUCUCAGAAAGCAUUUUGGUUUAGUUUAAGGUUUUAAUCAAGGGCCAGGGCGGCUGUGGCUCAGUGGUUGGAUCAAUCAUCUUUCAAUUAGGAGGUCAGGGUCCCCCUUGACAAGAUGUUGUCUCCCUUGGCUGUGUAUGAAUGAGAUUGGUACAAAUGGAGAUUUGGACAUAGCAGCCACUGUGGUGUGAAAGGGUGAUUAUAAUAUCGCAAAGUGCUUUGAGAAGUCUGUAGAGAGCGCUCCACUUGCUAGUUUUAAGUCUUCUCUAACAAGAGUAUAAUAUAAGGAAGCAACAGGGUGUGAUUUGGGGCGUUGCUACCUGUGUUUGGUAAGCUGCUACUACAAUCACAAAGAGACAUAAAGCGGAGAUAAAUUUGAUUAACCACUUGUGCGAUUCAUUCAGAAUUUGGAUGACAUUAUUCAAAAAUAAAGCAACACUAACUGACUUGAAUGAAUUAAUAAAGGUAAGACUCUUUUUUAUGUCUUUUUUCCUCCAGAGGCUCCCACAGCUCCUCCAGGUACUCAUGCUGGUACCAUCAAGAUGGAGACCACAAAGGGUGAGGUUAAGUGCUAACAGAGUGUUUGUAUCAAGGACAGAAAAGUAGUGAAAUAGAGACACAGCAAUAGAACAUGGAUCUGGUUAAAUAUUGAAAUCCUGUCUGAAAGUGUAACACUGACUAUAACAAACACACACUGCUGUCCACUGACUCCAAACAUGCUGUCUUUCUGGUUUUAGCACCACCCAGCACCAGAAAGCCCCACCCUUCCAUCACUCCAAGUACCCUCCCGUCCUCAUCAAGUGCCAUACCUUCAACAGAGCCCCUUCCACCUACUGUGGCCAGUGUGACCCCAGAGUAUGACCCCACCCUCCUGCCCUCACUCCGUAUCAGGCGUGUCAGCAGUAACGAGUGCUUCCGCUACGUCCACGGCACCUUUGAAGGCAACAUCACCAUCAUUGGUAAGUGGGAACUGUUGAGAUUUAAACUGAUCUGCAUUGGUGUGCACCACAGUCUUUGAAAAAUCUACCACUAGAUGGCGCCAAAGUUGGAUAUCUUUGAGUCAUACAGAUAGCAUCUUUAAAGCUCCUUUAAAACUUGUGGUUGUUUUAGUAUAGGCACCCCCUCCAGCUGUGUUCAGAGAAUGAUGAUAAUAUUGUUGGUGGUUGGAUCAGAUUUAAAUGUUAAAGCUCCAGUUAGGAGAUUUUACUUGGUUAUAAAACAGACUGAAAUUAAAACUGAUGUUUCUGUCUGACCUGACAAAGCAAAUGAAACUACCAAUGAGACUUAAGUUAUUUUUAAUGUCUAAAAUUUCUAGCAAGGAGGGGUAGGUGUCAGUCUGGAACAGCUUUUUUUUCUAUCUCUACAUUUCGAUUUGAUAUUUUUUGGUCAUAACUGAUUCAAAGGACUUCAAGUUGUUUGCAGGGAAAGCCACAGUCUGCACAUACUGAGAUGGGAAAUGGGAACCUUCAGUGGUCCUCUUUAAAACAACCACUGAAGGUUCCCAUUGGAUGAAGGUUAACAACAUAUCCUCAUGCAACCUAUGCAGGGGUAGCAAACUGUUCACACACAGAAACUUUGAAUCUUCUUCACUCAAUUCUUUAACAGUUUAAAAACACAGAUGCAUCUACAGGGUAACAUUUUAAAUGCUAACAAAAGUUGCUGUGCAACAUGAAAUGCAAAUGAAAGGGUGGCCGAUCAGAUUCUAAGGGGGGCCAUACCACCCCUUGUCAUCUCUUUUGACAGCCCCUGACCAUUGAAUAAUUGAUCACCUGAACUAACAUUUGUUACACCGCCUGGGCAGAGUUUAUAAGAGGUUAAAACUGACCUGCAGCUGAACCGGUUAAAUACAAACUACAGAACAUAAAUUUUCCCCAGUGAUAUGGACACUGAAUAAGAACAGCCUGACCCUAAUGACUCUGGCAUCCCUGACUUUUUCUGAAGUACAUCAUGGGGUUUGGAUUUCACAAUUUGAUUGAAAUGUCAUGAAAUGAAUAAAGAUUAUUACCGUUAAAUUUUGUGCUAAAGUUAAUGGAUACUGUAUAUUAAAACUCGAGUAGUACUGAAAACAUCUUAUGGCAUUCCUGUCAACUUUCAUCUUGCAGUUAUUGUGAUUAAGAAAAUGCAAGCAGGUCAAUUUUAAAGUUAGGAUUUUAGUAUUUUUGGCUUUUUGGAUUACAUAAAAUCCAACUAUUAAUGUGAUGGGUCUUUUCAAAAUAAAAACAGCUACUCUCUCCUCUUAAGACACAGAAGCAUGAGAACACAAUUGUUAAUUUGUCUGUAUCACUUUUGUCAGCUUUCCUCCAUUAAAUGACUGUGCAGCGGCACGCCAACACACACUGACACUCAAAACUCUCUGUUAACAUCUUUAUGCUUUAUUAUUAUCAUUAGAUGUAAUAAAAAGAUCAGUCAUUAUGAUAAUCUAAUUUUAUUAUUUUGAUUUCUGCAGAGCCUAAAUACACACUGAACAGUCAGCCUAGUAGCCGCAUUGUGGGCGUGUCGGCCAUCCGAGUGAACAGCGCUGACUUCAACUUUGAGGUCAAAUGUUUGGGAAGGUGAGUGUAAUUUAGGAGAAUUACUUUGACAGUAUUGGCCAAAAGAAAAGAGGGGAAAUAGUUAAUGUUGGGGGUCCUCUUGGAUUUUGCCCAAACUUGAUUAAGACAGAUCUUCAGGUGGCACAAAGGAAUUAAUUUACUUCAUUAAACGAUUAAAAAUAUAUCAAAGUGCAUUCAGAUAAAUGGUUUUUAGUUUAAUUGGACUUAUUUUUAGAGAAAAACUGGUUUCAGGUGAAGAACUGCUUUGGUUCUCUUGUUUUUUAACCUCCCCUCUCCUCCAGAAUCCCCACCUCCGCCUGCACCAUUGUGUCAGACCCCAGCUGCAUUCGAGUGAGCAGCAUUAUGUGUGACGACGUCCCCCCGUCGGCCCAGUGUGUGGUGCAUCUCAGGCGGACAUUUUUAGAGCCUGGCACCUACUGUGUCAACAUCACGCUAGAGGACUCCGGCAGCAUUGCCCUGACCAGCACCACUGUCACCAUCAACAAGUCCCAGGAUGCCCCUGGUUGGUCACACAAGGACACUUUUGGGCAUAAUAAUAGCUUGUUUUAUUUUGGUCUUUUAAAAAAAAAAAUUUUUUUUUCUCUGUCUUUCUGAUUGUUUUUAUCUCUGCAGUGUCUAAGAAGUCUCGUGCCUCAGAGGUGGUGCUCUCCUCCACUGCUGUGCUGGUGGCUGUCUUUGCAUUCGUUGCCUACCUGGCCUGCAGGUGAUUAAAAACUUCAUCAACCAGCUUUGUUCUACUACAGUAUGGUAUUCGAUCCGCCCUCACCCUAAUGGUUCCUCUUUUUCCCCUCAGACGUUACAAGGUGUACCAACCCAUUCGUAGGUCACUACUGGAGGAGGGUGGAGGAGUCAGAGGACGCGUCGUUCGUCUGAAGGAUGCUCUUUUCCCCCCUAAUGAGGAGAGCCAUCACCUGCUGACUGAGAGACACCCUGCAUAGGCCUUAUGGAGCUUCACUUCAGUGUUUCUGUCCUUUAAAAACGCUGAAUCAAAAUCAUGAUUGAUAUUUAGCUGAAUUUAGCGGAGGUAAAAUCACCUAAACUUGAAAGAAUUCAUGCAUUUCUGCAGAGAAGUAUGAGUAAUCAAUACUGAUGACUUGUUGGUGUUUUAAUUAAACUGUUACACACAUCUUAGGCACUGCUUUUGAUCUGCAUGCUCUUCUUUUCUAUUGGAAAUAAGACGCAAAACCUUAGUGCAAAGCCUGCACAGAAAACUGCUUUGAUACUGACCUUACACUGUAAUUGAAAUAAUCUCAAGAUGGAUUUCUAAUAUAAAAUGUAUGCUAUAAAUGGUAUGUGCAUGCUCUUUUUCAGUUGAGUUAAUGAAAAUGAAAUUUUUUUUAAAUUGUAACACUGAAACUAAUUCAAGGAAUUCACUGGAAACUUGACACGAGGACUCUAAUAAAGGUUGUGAACUAACCGCUA